GGAUCUGUUUAAAACGCUUUGGAUUCCCCGGGCCCGGGUGGGAAGAGCGAGCUGGACACCCCCUAGAUCCCCCACCCCCAGCACCCCAUGAGCCUACCCUCGGCCCCAUGGAGUCCGGCAAUUAUGCCACCUUGGACGGAGCCAAGGAUAUCGAAGGCCUGCUGGGAGCCGGAGGGGGUCGGAAUCUAGUUGCCCACUCCCCUCUGAGCAGCCACCCGGCGGCGCCAGCGCUGAUGCCGGCUGUCAACUAUGCGCCCCUGGAUCUGCCAGGCCCUGCGGAGCCACCCAAACAGUGCCACCCGUGCCCCGGGGUGCCCCAGGGGGCGUCCCCAGCUCCUGUGCCUUACGGCUACUUUGGAGGCGGGUACUAUUCCUGCCGAGUGUCCCGGAGCUCGCUGAAAUCCUGCGCCCAGGCACCCAGCCUGGCUGCCUACCCCGCGGAGACCCCUGCGGCCGGAGAGGAGUACCCCAGCCGCCCCACCGAGUUUGCCUUCUAUCCGGGGUACCCAGGACCCUACCAGCCUAUGGCCAGCUACCUGGAUGUGUCGGUGGUGCAGACCCUGGGCGCCCCUGGAGAGCCUCGCCACGACUCGCUGCUGCCCGUGGACAGUUACCAGCCCUGGGCCCUCGCCGGAGGCUGGAACAGCCAGAUGUGCUGCCAGGGAGAACAGAACCCACCGGGUCCCUUCUGGAAGGCAGCAUUUGCAGACGCCAGCGCGCAGCACCCACCUGACGGCUGUGCUUUCCGCCGGGGCCGCAAGAAGCGCAUUCCCUACAGCAAAGGGCAGCUGCGCGAGCUGGAGCGCGAGUACGCGGCUAACAAGUUCAUCACCAAGGACAAGAGGCGCAAGAUCUCGGCGGCCACCAGCCUCUCUGAGCGCCAGAUCACCAUCUGGUUUCAGAACCGGCGGGUCAAGGAGAAGAAGGUUCUGGCUAAGGUCAAGACCAGUGCUACCCCGUGAGGGUGGGGGGAGGGGAGGUGGGGGCUGUCCUGGGGAGACCCGGAGCCUACCAGGGCCAGGGUGGGGGCUGAGGACUCUGCUGAGGGCCCCCCGCCAGGCGACACCCUUCCCAAACCUCUGGUUCACGGACUUAUCCUCGGGGGCACCUGUGACCCCCGAAUGUGCCAGGAGUUGCAGCCCACUCCACCAGGGUUCCCCAAAACCUGACCCAGUCAUAAUCACUCACCCUAACAGUGGGGAUAAUCAUAAUAACCAGUACUAGUUGCCGUGAUAAUUAGUCUCAUGUUUUCUAUCUGGAGCUCUGUAGAGCACUUUAGAAGCCGCUUUCUAUUAAGCUGAUUAUAA